GACAAAAACAACGAUCCUAUAAAUAUCCCCCGUCUUCCUUUUACAAUUUUCCCCCAUGCAUCUCUCUUAGCACCCUUAGUACCGCUUCAGUCGCUUUUAUUUUCUUGAGCGGAAGAUUGAUUGCUUGUCAACGUCUCACACAAUCAAACUGUUUAUUCGCCAUGGCUUCUGCAACAGACACGCACCAAUCUGAACUGUCCAUGGAUCUGCCUGUCAUCGACCUUGACGCCUAUCUCAACCACCCCCUCGACUCAGACGCUGUCCAGACCGAGUGUCGCAAGGCUGCCGAUGCCCUCAUCACCUACGGCGCUCUCGUUCUCCACGACUCGCGCGUUUCAGAGCAUGACAAUACGGCCUUUCUCGACCUCCUCGAGGAUUACUUUGACCAGCCGGAUCAUCUCCUACGUAACGAUGAGCGUCCGGAACUGAGCUACCAGAUUGGUGUUACACUCGAAAACACCGAGAAGCCCAAGUGCGCCGUCGAUGAGCCUUGCCUCGACGUUAUCCAGCGCCUUCAUCCCUCCCAGCGACCGCUCGACAUUUCGGCUCACUCACCCGACCCCAAAUGCCGUUUCUUCUGGCGUAUGGCUGAGCCACCUCCUUUUGACACCGACUUCCCUGGCCUCAAUGCCUCAAACGUCGUCCCUGAUGCUCCUCAUCUCAAGGAUCGCUGGACUCCUGCCAUGAACCAGUGGGGCUCUUCCAUGACAAAUGCUGUAUCCAAACUCGCUGAAAUGGCCGCCGUCGGCCUGGGUCUCCCGGCUCAGUACUUUAGUGAUGCCGGCCGCUACGGGCCUCACCUCCUUGCCCCUACCGCCUCUGACCUGCAAAAGUAUGGGAGUAAAGAUACCAUCCUCGCUGGUUUCCAUACGGAUCUCAACUUUCUCACCAUCCAUGGGCGGUCUCGCUUCCCUGGCCUUCAUAUCUGGGCACGAAACACGGGUAACCGCAUCCCCGUCAAAAUCCCGCCCGGCAACUAUCUGCUCGUCCAGGCUGGGAAGCAGAUUGAACACAUUACUGGCGGCCUAAUCAAGGCCGGUUAUCAUGAGGUCGUCAUCAACGAAAAGACGCUCGAAACCAUUGAGCGCCGGAAGCGCGAGCUGCCCAGCCGCCCCCUCAUCCGCAUCUCAAGCACUCUAUUCUGGCACUUGGGCUCUGACUUUGAUCUUGUCCCAGUUCCUGAGCUUGCUGAAAAGGCCCGCAAACUCAGGACGCUGCAGUCCAAAGCUGGCAAGGAUGAGGGUCAGGAGACCGAGUACCCAGCCAUGAAAGUUGGCCAUCAAGUGCAGAGUGAAUUAAAGCACAUUGCCCUUAUGACGUAAUUAUAGUGUGGUUUAUGUUAAUAUAAUACAAAGGUUGAGUGCAUUCUGUGCAUUGGUUGUUUCGAUC